AGAGCCGAAAAUGUCGGCUCGGUCAUGUGAUCAGCUGUGUCCAGUCACAGCUGAUCACAUGAGAGCCGGUAAUCGGCAUCCCUCAUGGGGAACAUGUGCACUGAUGAUCAGUGUGCCCUGAUGAUCUGUGUAGCCCCAGCAGUGCCAGCUGUCAGUGCUCAUGCAUGCCACCUGCCAGUGCCCAUCAGUGCCACAUCAAUGCCACAUUUCAGUGCCUACCAGUGCACAUCAAUGCCACAUAUCAGUGCCCAUCUGAGCUGCCUUUCAGUGCCACCUAUCAAUGCCAGUCAGUGCUGCCAAUCAGUGCCGCCUAUCAGUGUGCAUCAGUGCCGGCUAUCAGUGCCCAUUAGUGCUGCCUAUCAGUGCCACCUAACAGUGCCAGUCAGUGCCACCUAUCAGUGCCAUAUAUGAGUGAUGCCUUUCAGUGCCUAUCAGUG